GCAGCUAGCUCAUGUUUAGUGGUUACGGUUUCGAAGCUUUGUUGACUUUAUAACUGCUGACCAGUUUCUCGUGCCAUCUAGAAACAAUCGUAUGGUACCUGUUGCAAGCUAAGGCCCCAGCAUGUUCAUUUAUCUCAGCAAAAAGAUUGCCAUUCCGAACAACACAAGGAUACAGUGUCUAGGCUGGAAUAAAGAACAUGGAUAUAUUGCUUGCGGAGGGGACAAUGGCUUGCUCAAAGUACUCAAACUCGAAAUCGAGAAAGAUGGAAAGCUGAAAGGGAUUUCUGCCCCUAGCAAUCUGUCCAUGAAUCAGACUCUUGAAGGGCACAGUGGUGUUGUACAAGUUGUUACAUGGAACACACACUUUCAGAAGCUAACUUCCAGCGAUCAGAAUGGUCUCAUUAUAGUGUGGAUGCUUUACAAAGGUUCUUGGUAUGAGGAAAUGAUCAACAACAGGAACAAGUCCGUUGUCCGAGGAAUGUCCUGGAAUGCAGAUGGACAGAAAAUCUGCAUUGUCUAUGACGAUGGUGCAGUUAUUGUUGGCUCAGUCGAUGGAAAUCGCAUUUGGGGAAAGGAGCUGAAAAAUCUCCAUCUCUCUCUCGUUGAGUGGUCUCCAGAUGGAAGACUUCUCUUGUUUGGGAUGCAAAAUGGAGAAGUUCACGUCUUUGAACAGGGUGGAAAUCCAGUUUCAAAGAUUGCCUUACCUGUGCUGCAAAACUCAAACACUUCAAAGCUGGUUGGAAUUCAGUGGUACAGCGGUUCGUCAAUUGAAGGAUGCGCCACGCUUGCCAUUGGAUAUGACAGCGGCAAGAUACAGCUCAUGUCCAAUGAGAGUGAUGAUUCCCCUCUGAUACUGGACGCAGACAUGACAGCUUCAUGUUUGCAGUGGAACCAUGACGGAACAAUGCUGGCUGUGACAGGAAAACUCCUCACUGGUGAUGCAGAUAGAAAGAACGUUGUCAAGUUCUUUAACCCCCAUGGUCAGUAUCUCUACACGCUCCGUGUUCCUGGAAAGGAUAUUACAGCUUGCGCUUGGGAAGGCAGUGGAUUGCGAAUCGCACUUGCUGUCGACUCUUUCAUUUUCUUCGCUAACAUCCGCCCAGAUUACAGAUGGUGCUACUUUUCAAACACAGUGGCAUACGCUUUCAACAGAGAUGAUGGAAGUGAAAACGUAGUGGUCUUCUGGAAUGUUGAAACUAAUGAGAAACAUGUGAAGCACAUGAAACAUCUUCAGAGGAUGACAACAGCCGGAGAAUUGUGCGUAAUCUCAAUGAAAGGAGAAAGUAAUCAAUUUGUAAUCACCAUUCACAACUCUGUUGGCACCCCUGUGGACACUUGCACCAGCGACAUUGAGCCCCUGUUCCUGGCUGCAAAUGAGACUCACGUAUUUGCGGCGUCCCGUGACCACAUUUUCGUCUGGCGUUUCCAGACGCCUAAAUCCAGAACUAUGUUGGAGGUUGCUUCCCAGCGUAACAAGGCUGGACAGGAGAGGGUCUUGCAUGUCAAUGACACUCUGAGUAGUGGAGAGGGUGCAUUUGACACUGACAGAGUAUAUGAAAUGAACAUGGAUCCUAUUUGCUGCAUCACAGCAUCCGACAAGUGUUGUGUUGUUGGAAGGGAGUCCGGAACGUUCCAGCGUUACAGCAUGCCACACAUGUCGUUAAUGCAAAAGCAUACGGUAUCUUGCCGCCCCAGCAAGAUUGCACUCAAUUGCAAUUCUACACGCAUGUCGAUUAUUGACGCGCUGGGAAACCUCUCUCUGUACGACUUCGAAUCGAGCUCUGCCGCCGACAGAGAGAUGCACGGUGAACAGCUGCACUUUGAGAGGAGAGACGUUUGGGAUGUAAAAUGGGCAAAAGAUAAUUCUGAGCUCUUUGCACUGAUGGAGAAAACGAGAAUGUAUGUUUUCAGGAACACUGACCCUGAGGAGCCAAUAAUGUCAAGUGGCUACAUAUGCAGUUUCUCAAACCUUGAGGUAAAAGCUGUACUCCUUGAUGAUAUCAUGCAAGACCCCCAGAACCCAAGUCUCGAGCACAUUUGCAACCUUGAAGUUAAGACGCUUAGAGAUUCGAGGGACCUGAUUUCGAAGGUUGGGAUUGAAGAAGCUAUCCAGUUCAUCGAAGAUAAUUCUCAUCCCAGGUUAUGGCAACUCUUAGCUGAAGCUGCUCUUCGAAAGUUGGACUUCGAGACGGCAGAAAUUGCUUUUGUACGUUGCAAGGACUACCAGGGCAUCCAGUUUGUAAAGUACAUUGCAAAUCUGCCUAAUGAAGACAUUAAGAAGGCCGAAGUGGCCGCUUACUUCAAGCAGUAUGACGAUGCAGAAAAAAUUUAUCUCGACAUAGACAGGAGAGACCUGGCUGUCUCAUUGAGAAAACUGCUCGGUGACUGGUUCCGAGUGGUUCAGCUGCUCAAGACUGGAAGCAGUGGUGCUGAUGACAGGCAGCUGGAGGAAGCAUGGAACGCUAUCGGGGAUAUCUACGCUGAACAGUACAAAUGGGAGCAUGCUGUUACGUACUACAAGCAAGGUCACAACCAUGCACGCCUAGCAGAAGCCUAUUUUGCGUUGGAGGACUACGAUCGACUGGAAAAUCUAAUGAACGGCAUUCCUGAAGGCCAGCCACUGUUGGAAGCUAUUGGUACUAUGUUUGCAUCAGUUGGCAUGUGCAGUCAAGCUGUUGAAGCAUACAAAAGGUGCAACAAAGUGAAAGCUGCCAUCGACAUAUGCGUGACGUUGAACGAGUGGAACACCGCUAUCGACCUUGCAAAGGCACACAACAUACGUGAGAUUGACAGCAUCCUGGCAAAAUAUGCGCAGCAUCUUCUGGAAGAGAACAAGAUCCUGAGUGCUGUUGAACUGUACAGAAAGGCCAAUAGUUUUCUAGAUGCUGCACAGUUGAUGUAUAAGGUGGCAGCUGAAGAGUCUAAACACAAUUAUCCGCCACUUAUGAUGAAAAAGAUAUACGUCCUGGCAGCUACGCUCGUGGAACAACACCGUGUGCUCACAAAGAAACUGGCAAGGACAGGCAGCAGCAGAGCCACAAAUGAUGCAAGCCUUGUGCUGAACGCUCUUCUGUCGGAUGACACCAGUGAUGUUAAUAUGGCCAGAACUCUGGACCAGCCUUGGCAUGGUGCUGAAGCCUAUCAUUUCUUUAUUCUUGCACAGAAACAACUAUAUGAAGGCUUUAUGGAUGCUGCUAUGAAGACAGCAUUGCAUCUAAAAGACUACGAAGAUGUUCUCGGCAAUGCAGAAAUUUACAGCCUCAUAGCACUGGCAAGCUGCACCAACCGAACAUUUGGAAUAUGCUCUAAAGCUUUCAUCAAGCUGGAAUCCUGUGAGUCUCUCACUGCAGAUCAACAAAAGGAGCUUGAAGAACUUGCAGUUGAAAUAUUCAUGAAGCAUCAGCCAAAGGACUCGAGAAGUAGUCAGACGGAAUGUCCAAACUGUGAAUCAGCUGUUCCAGAUUACACUAGUGCCUGUUCAAGCUGUGGGAACAAGUUCUCAAUCUGUGUCGCAUCCGGUAGGCCUAUCCUCGAUACAACGCAGCAUUGGACGUGCGGCUUCUGCAAGCAUAGUGCCUAUGAUCAGGACAUGAUGACUCGGCAGACUUGCCCUUUGUGCCACACAGCAAAACCUAAGGUAGAGUGACGGAUAGUGCAAGUUAGGAUGCCGUUACUGGUGCACAUCAUGUUGUUCCUCAACACAGGGAACCAAAGUGCUGUGUGUAGUUCUACGUGCUCGUUUCUCCUUAAGUACAAAAAGCAUGGUGCUUCAUAGUUUUACUUAAAAAGCUAGCUUUUGGAAUGCUAAAAAACUUUGUAGUAGCCACCUUUGCUGUUGUAUAUCCCUUGAAACUCUCUCGAUCAUCAAAAGGGUCUAUGUAAUGAUGUAUUUCUAAAAAAACAGCCAUUCACGCUUUCCACACUUAUCAGUAUGUGUUACUGAGAAGGCAACAAUGAGGAACUGUGCAUAUUGAAGAACCCCAGGAAAGGAAUGUGUGUAGAGGCAUCAUUAUGUGUAUGGUAUAGUGGAUACCAGCAGUAAUGAUUUUAGCAGGAUUUAGUAAAACUAAUAUUCUGCAGUUUAGAGCAUUUGUAAUCAACCUCACAGGGUAAUAGGAAAAUGUCUAUCAGUCGAACCCGCAUACAUCGAACUCGAAAGGGGAUGGCGAAAUAGUUUGAUACGUCGAUAAUUCGAUAUGUAUCAGAUGUAUGUAUACAGUGAACCCUCGUUAUUAUGACCACGGUCGUUCCCGAAAUUUUUGGUCAUAAUGAGGAAUUGUCAUAUUAACGGGAGGGAUUUGCGGAGGUUUCACUGCAUUGUUCCCCAGGAGUAUGGUCGUAAAGCGUGUAUGUCAGAUUAUCGGGGGUCAUAUUAAUGAGUGUUCAUUGACUGAAACACGCGCGCACAACAUCGCUCGUGAGCGAGCAUUAGUUCUUCAUCCCGAUUCCAUUAAACCGUUGUUGUUACAGAUCCCUUCUUCAUUUUUGCACUCGGGAGUUUUAAGGCACUGAAGUUCGAUAAAGCCGCACUUCUGCGCUAUACUUUUCGAGGGGAUAUUUUGAUUCUUCAGUAUAGGCAACAAUUUGAAGCGUAUGGGUUCAAAGUACGCGUUCGACUGUAUCUGCUAGAUGCGCGUGGACGCGUUAAGUGAAGAUGUGAUAGGCUGGCAUAACCCAUGCAGGCUGGCAGGCUACCACAGUGUAUGUUCGCACACACGAGAGAGGUGAAACAGCAGAGAAGCCGCAACCGCUGUGGUACUCUGGCCAUUGUUCAACCGUAAUCUGAGCCAUCCAAAACAUUCCCGAUUACUCCCUUUAUAUGACAACCUUGUGGUAUUCUUCUCACAAAGUGGCACAGCUGCUAUGCAGUCUUCACGAUCUUAUACAGGUACAAUGUGAAUUCCCGAUAGCGUGCAAAGUUGUGGCAAGGAAGAUUCUUUCAUGCCUUCUCGUAUGGAGUAUUCAUUGGCGACUUUGGGUUAAUCCGCAAAGUUGGCUCACUUGAAAAUACAAUUGAUGCAUCAUUUGCUUGCAUGGCUGUUAUACUUGGUGUUGCGACAGUGAAAGAAAUAUGUAUGUUGCAUGGAGUGUGGGAAAGAAACUGCAAAAGGGGAAUGUAUCACCCGCUACAUCAUCAUAGAUGUGAUACUAGUUCUGUCUGGUUUGCAGUGUAGUUGCUUGUUAUGGAGUGCAAGCCACGUAGCCCACAGGGUGAAAGGUGGUUAAGGUUGCGGAAGGUGUACUAUCGUGAUCUCAUGUGCAGUUUUAUAUUAUAUUAUGUUGUUCCGUUGAUCUCCACACUCUUAUGUACUGAAGUUCUUUGCAAUUGAAUUAAGUGCAAUUUUAUACCACUAUAUAGCUUAUAGCUUUUGUGUUCUGUACGUGUCUGCGAAUGUACCUAUGAAAUCAAGUAGGUCUUUCUGGUAGGCGCUUUUCUGCUUCGUUCUUAGUCGCAAGAUCAGUAUUUUUCAUGUUUUUUUGCCACAAAUAUCUAUGUAGCACUGUAUAUUUCUGCUCAUUGUCACAGGCUAAACGGUUGCGGAAGAAAAAUACAAAACAAAGUACUCAUUUGUCAUAUCCUGGCAGGGUUCUGGCUCAUUACAAUUUCUUUUGUUUUUUUAGAACAUGGGUGAUUGGUGAUGGAGUUUGUACGUAGCUGCAAUAAAGAUACGAUGCUUAAGAUUACAGU